GAGCUCGUGACCGAGGGUUCCUGGGAGUCACUGCCGGUGCCGCUGCACCCGCAGGUGCUGGGUGCCCUGCGGGAGCUGGGGUUCCGGUAUACGACGCCGGUGCAGGUAUCUGACCCGGGGCCAGAUCGGGAAGUGAGGCCGGGAGCGGGCGAGCACCUACUUUUUCGUGGGUGACCGAACCAGACGCCAAGCCCCAGGUUCUCACCCCGCCGGGCUUUUGCGAGCUGGCCAAUGGUCAGCCGCUAGAGCAGACCCGCGGCUGUGCGCCUGCGCCGGGGUCCUGCCCGACGCUCCCCGCGCCCUCCGGGGCUGCUGGGGCCUCGGGUCCUGGUUCGGAUCCCGGGCCUCCCCGCUGUGAGACUGCAAAGACUUAACCUCUCCGGGCUUUAUUCUCCGUCUCUGUGAAAUGAUGAAAAUAGCAUGGCUUGCCUCAGAAAGUUAGGCAUGUUGUGGAAGCUCAAGAAAUGUUCACUGUGAAGUUGGAAAAGCGAGGCGUCCUGGCCCCAGUUAUUGAAGAAGCGUUUAUUGGGGACCUAUGUAUAUCAAGUAUUCUAGACUCCGGGGACUUUUCAGUCUUGGUACCUAGGCCUGGGCCUUCGUUUCUAGAGCAGGAGCCACCGUAGAGAAGGAAGGAAUGAGGUUUCCACGGGUGCCGAGCGAGGAAGGAACUGGGAGACUGAUGUAGAAGUGGGGAGGAGCGGGCCCAGGAGCUCCUCCAUCGGUGUCACUGGACGGAGGCCUCGGUGAUCCGGAAGGGGUGGCUCUGGGGUGGGUGGGGGGGUGACUGCUCCAGCAGAGAGAAGUGCCCACGCUGUGCCCUGGGGCUGGCUGGAGAUGAGCUCGGCGCCCGAAGGACUUGUGGCAGAGCAGCCUGAGUGGUGCAUCAGCUGGGCAGAGCCGGGACUGGGUCCUGCGUCCUGCAGGGGCUUGGGUUUGGCUGUGACUGCUUCGUGGAGGACGGACUGUGGAGGGUCUGCAACCAUCCCGCUGUUCAUGAAGAACAAAGAUGUCGCUGCGGAAGCGGUCACAGGUAGUGGCAAAACCCUCGCCUUUGUGAUCCCCAUCCUGGAAAUCCUUCUGAGAAGGGAAGAGAAGCUAAAGAAGAGUCAGGUGGGUGCCAUAAUCAUCACCCCCACUCGAGAGCUGGCCAUUCAGAUCGAUGAGGUCCUGUCGCAUUUCACGAAGCCCUUCCCGCAGUUCAGCCAGAUCCUUUGGAUCGGAGGCAGGAACCCUGGAGAAGAUGUGGAGAGGUUCAAGCGACAAGGAGGGAACAUCAUAGUGGCCACCCCAGGCCGCCUGGAGGACAUGUUCCGAAGGGAGGCGGAGGGCUUGGCCCUGGCCAGCUGUGUGCGGACCCUGGACGUCCUGGUGCUGGACGAGGCAGACAGACUUCUGGACAUGGGAUUUGAGGCCAGCAUCAACACCAUCCUGGAGUUUCUGCCGAAGCAGAGGAGAACGGGCCUUUUCUCGGCCACACAGACGCAGGAGGUGGAGAACCUGGUGCGCGCCGGGCUCCGAAACCCGGUGCGUAUCUCGGUGAAGGAGAAGGGCGUGGCAGCCAGCAGCACCCAGAAGACACCCUCGAGGCUUCACAACUACUACAUGGUAUGUAAGGCAGAUGAGAAGUUCAAUCAGCUGGUACAUUUUCUUCGGAAUCACAAGCAGGAGAAACACCUGGUCUUUUUCAGCUGCAGGACUGAGCCCCUGUCCCCCUCCCAGCACUUGUGCCUGUGUGGAAUACUACGGGAAGGCCCUGGAGACCCUGGUGAAGGGAGUGAAGAUCAUGUGCAUUCACGGGAAGAUGAAGUACAAGCGCAACAAGAUCUUCAUGGACUUCCGCACCCUGCAGAGUGGGAUCUUGGUGUGCACAGACGUGAUGGCCCGGGGCAUCGACAUUCCCGAAGUGAACUGGGUUCUGCAGUACGACCCUCCCAGCAGCGCGAGGGUCCUGUCUGUCUGCAGUGCCUGUCAGUUGCCAGCUGUCCCGUUCUCUGGGGGCAGAGUCCCGUGGGGCACUGCUCACCUUCUCCCGGGUCCACUGGCCCCCACCUGUGUCCCCACAGUGCCUUCGUACAUCGCUGUGGCCGCACGGCCCGCUUUGGCCAUGGUGGCAGUGCCCUGGUGUUCCUGCUGCCCAUGGAGGAGGCCUACGUCAGCUUUCUGGACAUCAACCAAAAGUGCCCGCUGCAGGAGACACGGCGCCAGGGGAACGUGGCAAACCUUCUGCCGAAGCUCCAGGCCAUGGCCCUGGCCGACAGAGCCGUGUUUGAGAAGGGCAUGAGGGCCUUCGUGUCCCACGUCCAGGCCUACGCCAAGCACGAGUGCAACCUCAUCUUCAGGCUGAAGGAUCUUGAUUUUGCCAGUCUUGCUCGAGGUUUUGCCCUGCUGCGGAUGCCUAGGAUGCCAGAGCUGAAAGGCAAGCAGUUUCCAGAUUUUGUACCUGUAGAUGUUAACACAGACACGAUUCCAUUUAAAGACAAAGUCAGGGAGAAGCAGAGGCAGAAACUACUGGAGCAGCAAAGAAAAGAGAAGACGGAAAAUGAAGGGAGAAGGAAAUUCAUAAAAAAUAAAGCCUGGUCAAAGCAGAAAGCCAAAAAGGAAAGGAAGAAGAAAAUGAAUGAGAAAAGGAAAAGGGAAGAGGGAUCCGACAUCGAAGACGAGGACAUGGAGGAACUUCUUAAUGACACAAGACUCUUGAAAAAGCUUAAAAAAGGCAAAAUUACGGAAGAUGAAUUUGAGAAGGGGUUGCUGACAAGCGGCAAAAGAGUAGCCAGGACAGCAGACCCAGGGCUCAGGGAGCCAGAGGAUGGCUGCUGACUGAGUGCCUCAGCUGAGGUGCAGUGGGAACUGCACCGUGUGCCUAGCUUUGGAGACGGCAGAGGAGAGCAGCAGUCUCUGCAGAUGGGGCUUUGAGCGGGCUUCACUGUGGAGCCCUUUACCGAGUGUCCCAGACUUGAUGUCUAAUGGGGAAAAUGUAAAGUGACUUUGGUGUAAAUAAAAGAUGUUGCUAUUUGU